CCAUCCAAUCGUUAGGUUGCGCGAAGGCUGCAGUUUCAGUUUGUUUUAUUCACCAUUUUGAGUAGCUGAAGGUAAAAUUUAAACUAAAUACUUUCGUAGAGCAGGAAUAUUUCCCGCAUUGUUUCAUUUUUACCGCAGGGAGAGGGCGUUGGUUUCGCGACGUCACCUUUAGCCCUCUUGUGUUUUAAAACAGCACGUUUUGUUUGCAUUUUCCCUGCUUUUCUUUUGCUCUUUCACAAUUUUAACCUCUACAGUAUUCCUGCAAAAUGGCAAGACCAGUGAGGAACAGAAAGGUGGUGAAUUACUCCCAGUUUAACGAGUCUGACGAUGCAGAUGAGGACUAUGGGAGAGAAAAGGAAACGACUAAGAAGAUACGUGCUCCACCUCGUGAAAUCAAGCACAAGAAGUCUAAGAAUUCGCAGGAAGAGAGCGAGGAUUCAGAUGACAAACUCUCCAAAUCCAAAAAUGAUUCGGCAGAUGACCUCGGUAGUGAUGAAGACAACGACUUUGGAGAGGAAGAGGAAGACGAAGAUGGUGGAAGUGACUAUGAUGAUAAAAAGGCUAAAAAGGGAAAGAAAGGAAAGCCGGAGAAGCCAGGCAAGAAGCCGCUGAAGAGAAAACGAGGUGGAGAUGAUAGUGAUGAUGAUAAAGAGGUGAGCAGGAAACCGAGACAGGUGAGGCAGGCUGCGUCAAAGGCCGUGUCCAAACAGAGAGAAAUCCUUCUGGGAGAUGGAGGCAGUGAGGAUGAGGACAAAGACGAGGAAGAACAGGCGUACCUGGACCAGGAGUCUGGCAGUGAUGAAGACUUCAUGGUUGAUGAUGAUGAUGACAGCGACUAUGGGCACUCCAAAAAGAAAGGCAAAAAAGUAGUGCCGAGAGGAGGCGGAGGAGGAGGAGGAAGGAGAGUGGAGAAGAAGGACAAGAAAUCCCCCAAACCCCGGCUAAAGGCCACAGUGAACCCCAGCCCCAUGAAAGGCAAAGGUAAAGGCCGCCCGAGUGCAGCUAAAGCAGUGGAGAAAUCCUCGCCCAAAGACGACGAGGAACCCGAGAGCCCCCUUGAAGACGAGGAGGAAGAAGAGGUGGAGAAGAAAGAGUCUCCUCCCUCCAAAAAGACAAAGGACGACGCCCCCGAAGACGAGGAAGAAGACGAAGAAGAGGACGGCUCAGAAGAGGAGGCUCCAUCCGGGGAAGACUAGCCAUGUUAUUAACGUCGCCCCUUUCUUCUUCUUCUUCUAUUUCCCUUUACACUCUUUCCUUUUUUGCUUUUUUUGGUUUUGUUUUUGGGUUUGUUUGCUUUUCAGAUUUUUUUUUCAGUGUCUGUUAUGGCCUGGCUCAACGGUUUGAACUCUUAUUUUCCUUUUUUUGUUUACCUAUACUUUCCAUAUCGCAAACAGACAUUUUCCCAGAACUUGUGAGCGUAUAUAUCUAUAUAUAUUAUUGAGUAAAAUGUGUCUGAGUCUGUUUAUUUAUGGGUAUAUAAUCUCGAAGGAAGCCCAUCGUUUCAACCAUUAGCGUCGCCGCUCGCCCAGGGUAAUCACGUGACCGAAUUCUCCAAAAAUGCUUUUGCGCUCGUUCAUUUUCGUAACAUGUAUAAAGCUUAUUGUCCACUCUGCAUUGUUGCGACCGAUUGUCCUCAUUCACGAAAUUAACCGCUGUGUAAAAUGUUCGUAAAACAAUUCUUAAAAAGUCUAAACGCAAACUGUUACAGUCAAUUCACAGCCGUUUGUGCGAAAUUGUGCUUGCGUUUAACAAAUGAGCACCAAAUUGUCGCGUUCAAUUUGCUCGUAUUUGCAAAAUUUGCCAGCUAGUUUUGCGAAUUCUACAGCAGUGUUUCCUGAAUGAGGUCCAGUGCGUUUGUUGUGUAGUGACUUCUCUAGAAAGCCAUUCGUUAGAAAGUUUCGCAAAUCCGUAAUAGUCGACAGCGUUUGUUUCGAUACUAGCGGUCAGGGUCGUGCUUAUCCGAGGAUUCGUUUUGUAUUUAUUCGACAUGCGCUUGCAGCUCUUUACGUGCGUUUCAUCAGCUGAAGAUGGAGAAACUAACAUCUAUCACUCUUUCGUCGUGGUACACACUUUAUCCAGGGUUUGCUGUUCAAUUUGUAGUUUAACCUUUUAAAUAAACGACCUUGAUUUGUGUAGUUCAAACCAUAAUGCAGUUAGUGUUUUAAUACAAAUAUUCUGGGUUAAAAAUGUCAAAUUCUGUUUCUCGGCAGAAUUGCCGCAGAAAAUAAUUUAGAUUUGUACCUCAGUUUGUUGUGCACUUACAAUGGAAGUCUAUACGGCAGUUGUGCUCCAUUGUAAGAAAUAUUUUCUGUGGUAAUCUGUUCUCCAUCCAUUAGCUAAGCUCUGGAAUAUAUUCAUUUUUCUCUGAUCUCUUUAUGUGCGUUUGUUUGUGUUUAGGUUUUUUUUUCUUUUUUUUUCCUCGUCCUCCAGAUCAUCUCGUAUAAAGGCUGCAGUAUGAAUGCUUUCAUCUCUUUUCUCAAAGAGGCGCGCAGUAAGAGUGCAGAGAUCGGGCCUUACAACGGUUAAUCGCACAGGAAAUGUGAAUCUGAAGUCACGCGCACUGUUUUUGCCUUACAAAGCCUGUUAAAGCUGAAAUAUUGUACCGCGAAGCUAAACGUUUAAAACAAAAAAAACCAAGGGGUAUCUUGAAUCGUGCCCGUUUUUUUCCAGAGAUUGUAUUGCUGAAUGUUGUGGGAUCUGCGAAAAACUGCAUUUUAAAAAGUCAAAUGUAGUUCUUCUUCAGCCCUGGAUCAGAUGCGUUUGUGAUGUCAUGACAGAGAGGCGUAUUUGCACUGUGAGGAUUGAGAAGAAUUGUACUAUUCAUACCUUGUGUGUGUUUGCUCAUUAAAUAUAUAUUUCUGUUGCUGCUUGUUUUUAAUUUCAGACACAUAUGAUGUAUAUCCCAUGAUGCAUUUCAAGGGGCUUUCUGUCUACAGCGCAUACAUGGCAUUCUGACUAGGUUCGAUCCUUUCUGCCAGGCAUCUCUGAAUAUUUUCCACUCGUGCUGUCUAUAAAUUGGUUUUUAACCUAGCUGUCCAAAAACAUAUGAAUGUUUUGUUUUUUGUGCUUGAUUUUAAUUUUAAACUUUUUUUUUUUGGUUGUUUUUUCCUCCUCAGAUUUUUUUUUGUAUUGUUUGUUUUUUUAAGAAAAGAAAUAAAAUGUAUCUUCAUUUUAAUGAGAAA